AUGAGCACUGGGGUCUACGAGCACUGGGGCCUACCAGAACUGGGAUCUACCAGGACUGGGGUCUACAGCUGGGGUCUACGAGACUGGGGUCUACGAGACUGGGAUCCACGAGCACUUGGGCUACGAGCACUGGGGACUGGUCUACCAGAACUGGGAUCUACCAGGACCGGGGUCUACCAGGACUGGGGUCUACCAGACUGGGGUCUACAAGAACGGGGUCUAACAGAACUGGGGUCUACCAGAACUGGGGUCUACCAAACUGGGGUCACCAGAGCUGGGGUCAACGACUGGGGUCUAACAGAACUGGGGUCUAACAGAACUGGGAUCUACCAGUACUGGGGCUCCAGAGGACUGGGGUCACCAGAACUGGGAACUGGGGUCUACCAGGACUGGGUCUGCCAGGACUGGGGUCUGCAGAACUGGGGUCUACCAGAACUGGGGUCUGCAUGGGCUGGUGUCUGCAGGACUGGGGUCUGCCAGAACUGGGGUCUGCCAGAACUGAUCUACGAGGACUGGGGUCUAUCAGAACUGGGGUCUGCAAAACUGGGAUCUAAGAGGACUGGGGUUUACGAGGACUGGGGUCUACGAGGACAGGGGUCACGAGGACAGGGGUCACGAGGACUGGGGUCUGAGGAAUGGGGUCAAACAGAACUGGGGUCUACCAGAACUGGGGUCUCCAGACUGAUCUACCAGGACUGGGGUCUGCGAGGACUGGGAACUGGGGCCACAUGGGCUGGUGUCUCACGAGGACUGGGGUCACCAGAACUGGGGUCUGCCAGAACUGGGAUGAGGACUGGGGUCUAUCAGAACUGGGGUCUACCAAACUGGGAUCUAAGAGGACUGGGGCUCUACGAGGACUGGGGCCUACGAGGACAGGGGUCACGAGGACUGGGGUCUACGAGGAAUGGAACUGGGGUCUACAAGGGCUGGUGUCUCGAGGACUGGGGUCUACCAGAACUGGGGUCACCAGAACUGGGACUACGAGGACUGGGGUCUAUCAGAACUGGGGUCUACCAAAACUGGGAUCUAAGAGGACUGGGGUCACGAGGACUGGGGCUCCACGAGGACAGGGGCUCCACGAGGACUGGGGUCUACGAGGAAUGGGGUCAAACAGAACUGGGCUACAGAACUGGGAACUGGGUAUACCAGCAGUGGGUCUACCAGAACUGGGGUCUACCAGGACUGGGGUCUAACAGGACUGGGGCCUACCAGAACUGGGCCACCAGAACUGAUCUACCAGAACUGGGGUCUACUGAACUGGGGUCUACGAGGACUGGGGUCUACGAGGACUGGUGUCUACGAGGACUAGUGUGUCUACGAGGACUAGUGUCUCACGAGACUAGUGUCUACGAGGACUAG